AUGGCGCUCGCGCGCGGUGCGGUGCGACACGACGCGACGCGCGCGCGUGGACGCGCGGGGGAUGAAUGCGUGCGUCAGCGCGCGAUCGGAGGAACGGCGGCGCCGACGCGGGAGCGCGGACGCCGCGGCGCGCGCGGUGGCGCGCGAGGACGCGCGAUCGUCGUCAGAGGGUUUCUCAGCGAUUGGCUCGCGAAGAAUGAUGGGAAAGAGAAGAAGAGGGAUGGGAAGAAGCCGACGCGGGACGCGCGCGGGCGAAGACGCCCGCAGACGAGCGAGACGACGAGCGGGAGGAGCGAGAAGGAUGACGUGACGUUCGAUGGGUUCACGAACGAGGAAUUGCGGCCGGAUUUUGGAUUUCGUCGGGAUCUGUACGAGCUGUACGACGUGCCGGUGAACGACGAGCCCUUGGGGGCGGGGUCGUACGGAGUCGUCAGGGCGGCGGUGAGUAAGAAGACGGGGGAGGUGUUCGCGCUGAAGACGCUGAAGAAGGCGCCGUGGAUCAAGGCUCCGGCGUCGAUGCAGGCGGUGAAUUAUUAUCACGGGAAGAUUAGGAACGAGGUGGAGGUGAUGCGGACAAUCGGAGGGUCGCUGAGCGUAUGUUAUCUGUACGAGGCGUUCGAGGAUGACGAAAACUGUCACCUGCUCAUGGAGCUGUGCUCGGGAGGUGAGCUCCUCGAUCGCGUCGUGAUCGGUUCCUCGGAGGAAUAUCGUGAGGCCAAGGUGGCGAAUUUGGUGAAAAGCGUGUUGCGAACGACAGUGCAGUGCCACCGACGCGGAAUCAUCUAUCGCGACAUCAAGCCGGAUAACUUUUUGUUCCAGACGGAGGACCAGGACUCGCCGCUAAAGGCGACGGACUUCGGUUUGGCGGGUAAGCUUCCUCCGAACGGCGAGAAUCUGGCGCGUCGGUGUGGGACGCCGAGCUACAUGGCGCCGGAAGUGAUCGAACGCAAUUACAACAGCCCGGCGGACGUGUGGUCCGCAGGCGUCGUCACGUACCAGCUGCUGAGCGGGCGCCUCCCCUUCACCGACAAGAUCAACCCGCGACCGAACGCGAAAGAAGUGUUCCGAGCAAUCUUGGAAGACCCCAUCGAUUUCGAAACCGAUCCGUGGCCGGAAGUGAGUGAAGAUGCAAAGGAUUUUGUGAAGAAGCUCCUCAACAAGGAUCCAGACGCUCGGCCGACGGCGCGCGCGGCGCUUCUUCACCCGUGGCUCACGAAGAGCGAGGCUUUGUGGAAGGCCGAGGCACUUAAGGGAAAGGAUACGGCGUUAAACGGACAGGUCGUCGCUCGAUUGCAACGGUUCGCGACGCAGGGCUUGCUCAAGCGUUCCGUCCUGCGUCUCAUCACCAGUGAGAUGCUCAGUGAGGACAUGGAAGACGCCGUGAGCUUGAAGAACGCGGAUCUUGCGACGUUAAAAAAACUUUUCGAAAAGUUGGAUACUUCGGGAGAUAACAUGGUGGAGCUCGUGGAGCUCGAGGUUGGACUCAGGGAGAUAGGUUACGACGUCACGGGCAAGGAAAGCAAACAGUUACUCGGUUCUUUGGACACGUCUGGUGACGGCUUGAUCGACGUCAAUGAAUUCACUGCGGCGCUUUUGGAUUGGGAAAAGAUUGAGAAGACGAGUGAUUACCCCAAGUGGGUUGAGCGCGCGUUUAAGGUGUUGGAUAAGGAUGGUAGCGGGGAGAUAGACGCGGACGAGGUGGCUGAGUUAAUUUUUGAAGACUGGGAAGAGGACAACGACUCCGUCCGCACGUCCAUCAUCAGGGCGUGCAUCAGGGAGGCCGACAAGGAUGGAAACGGCCAGAUCGAUCUCGAAGAGUUCGCGGGUCUCCUUCAGUCGGAUCCCAGCGAUGACUUGGACCAGUACGAUUCGCGCAUCGCCUCGAGCUUUGAUUUUGACCAGGUGUAG